CGAUCACAAGAGCAUUUCUGUUUACACUCGACCUGCGGCUGACAGACGCACAGAGAUCAGAGUAAGAGGUUGUCCGUGGAAAGUUGUCCCCACAGAUGGCGGACGGGGGAGCAAACUUCCACAGUACCACUGAAUCAGAGGAGAAAUCCAGGAAAAAUGACGAUGUUGCAACCAAAAGACCCCGAAGGAGAACUGAGCAGCACGAAUCUGUAAAUCCCACCAAGAACAUUCAGAAAAAGAAAAGAAGACAAAGAAGACAUGGGAGAAGUAAAAAGACAGUCUCAAAUUUAAAAUGUGAAAUUGCAGAAAAAGAUGAGAAUGAGGUUGUUGAGACCACGAGUAGCCAAACCGAGGAAGGCUUGGCUGUGAAAGAACAGUCUCUCCAGGCCGGGGAAAGCCUGCCAAAAGAAGAAAAUGUUGAAAAAUCCCAGGGGAGAACAAAGAGCAUCUCAGAUGUGAAAAGUGAAAGCACAGAAAAAGAUAAGAAUGAGGUUGUUGAGACCACAAGUACCCAAACUGAGGAAGGCUUGUUUGUCAAAGAACAGUCUCUCCAGGCUGGACAAAACUUGCAAAAAGAAGAAAAUGCUGAAAAAUUCCAGAAAGAUGAACAGAAGGUGGAAGCUCAGACACAAACAAAGAAGCAUAAAGGUAUAAAUAAAUUCACACAGACUGCAGUUGUGUCUCAGAAGAGCCAGGAAACACAGACAGACUUCCUUGAUCCAAAACAAGAUGACAUGCAGCGUAAAGAGAUUCAACCAGCCACUGCUGUUCCUGCAGAGACUGAACCCGAGCUGCAGCAAAGCAGCACUACUCCGGGGCCAAAAGACGAUCCAGUCAAAGGCAGCACAACAGAGUCAAUGGCUAAAAAUGAGAACGAUCAGCCUGGGAAAUCUUCUGCUGAAGCAGCAACAUCUCAGUCUGAUAAAGACUGCCAACCAAAGUCAUACGCCACAGCAGUCUCUGGUGGGGAAGGAGGAGAGAAACAGUCCAGUUUGACAGCUUCAAAAAAAGCCGCUGAACAACCUCUAAGCACAAGAGAUAGGAGCCCAGUCAGGCCUCUUCCUGGAGUUCCCAUAUUCACACUGCACAUCUACACUGUUCUGGACAAGAAGUUCAGAUUCAACCAAGAACACGACACACUCCAAAUGUGUUUUGAAGAAGGAGAAUCUCUGUCCUUUAAAAUAACACAUUUUGUUGGUUUGAAGCAGGAAGGCUACGUGGUAGAAGCGCAUCUCUCCGUUGAAGAAAGUAAAUUGAACAGAGGUAUUUGGCUGACAUACUGGUACGGUGUUAAGCAGCGAAAAAAGGAACUUAUUGGAGCAGCUUACAGGACUUUACAAAUUCCAGUGGACCCAACAAUAAAAGAACUGCACGUUUAUGAAGGCUUUAUCUGCCGCGAUGAUGGACAGAAUUUUUUAAAAACUGGCCUACAGUUUGUUGGGUGGAAGAAAUCUAGAGGCGAUGAAAUUUCCAAUGUGUGGCAGACUUCAGCAUCAACUCUUCUGAAUAACAUCUUCCAGAAAUGGACUCCAUCAGACAGACAAAGCACUAAGACAUUGUGUGACCAGUUGAUGCAUUUUAUACAGAGUUUCAGUACAGCUCCCAGUCGAAUUUCAUACCAGGACCAUUCCAAACCUCCUAUAGUCAAGGCAUCAGACCUGAUUUCAGAGACCUUGGUGCAGAUUUUAAAAGAGUCAAAGGAGAAAUUCCCAGAAAAAUGCAGACGCUCCAGUCCUCUGGUUCUGGGUCUGUCUGUCUUCAUGGUCGCAAAUAACAUCAACCUUGGAGUGAAAGGCUGGGCCGAGUUGUGUCUGCUGGUGACCUCAGAGGCUGCGAUGGACACAAAGAACCUCGAGGAGCUGAGCACUUCAUUAGAAGUUCCUCAGUUCACGGUGAUAGGUUUGAUGAACCUCUGUGCCCGGGAGGCUGUGGCAGAGCUCGUCCUUCUCCCUCCUCUGCUCUUCAGGCUCAUACAGCCGGGAGCUGAUGCAACUAAAGUGGGUCCAAAUGUUGAAGAGCACGACUGGUCAGGACUCAAAGGCAUCGACUUUAUCAGAUUCAGAGAAAAUGUGCAGUUCCACACUGAAAAAAGGGGGAGAAUACUCUCAUUGAUCCAGAAAAACUUACCAGCAGCUGCAGCAGAGAUGCCUCUGCUCUUGAUGAGCUGGUUGGCUCUGAUCCCGUUUGAUGAUCUUCCUGAAUUUUCCCGCCUGACUGGAGUCGGAGCAGAACACCUGAUCCAGAGCCUGUUGUACCGGCUGCAAACAUGUAGAGAGAAAAUGGCUCUCAAACAAUGUGAAGUAAAUGUGAAACUGGCUGAUAAAUCUUUGAGCCACAUCCUCAUGGAGGCAGAUAAACAAAAGGACAGACUGGCUAAAUCUGGGAGCCUGCAGUCAGCGUUUGAGAGCAGCAUCAGUGUGUUGAAAUGCACAUGUGAGAUUGCCAGGAUUGUUCCAUGGUACCAAACUGUGGUCCAGUCCCUGCAGCUGGUGCUGAAACUGGCUGAGAUAAUCGAGAUGAAGCUGAGAGGAGAGUCUGAAAAAGGCAAUGAGGCGUCGGAGCAGAGAGUUGUGGAGAAGUUGUUUGCUGUGCAGGAGUGGAUCAGUCAGUGGAGAGACAAACUGCUGGAGAAACCACUUGUAUCUGCAAAAUCACUCACAUAUCCAAGGGAAAUUGAGCUGUGGGACACGCUGCUGAAGGUUGAAUAUUUUUCUGAAGACGUUUCCUCAAAAUGGGCGGCACAGCUUCAGAAAGAUCUGAAGAAGAGAAUAAAUGAGGUCAGCGACGAGGAUAAAGUGCUGAUCUGUUGCCUGGAUUCACCUGUGGCUGCUUUGGGCAAAAGACACCAUGUUGUCCAGAACUGUUUCAACGAGAUGUUUCACUCAGCCAUCAAGACUAUCUGUCAGAGAGGAAAAGAAGGAGACUUGAUGAGAAGUCUGACUGCGAAUGUGAAAGAUCUUCCUCCUACAGUCACGUCUGCUGUUGUGGUCGAGUCUGCUGCCCGGUUCAGAGACAACAUGGUGGUCCAGCUGCUGGAUCCUCAGUCAGCUGUGAACUUCCUGCUCUCUAACUGGUCUUGGAAAUCAAUCCAGGUGGACGAUAUGGCGGGACAGGUUGUCCACAGCUGUGUGGAAGCUGUCCAUCGCCUGGUGGCGUCCUUGCUUGAAGGAAGUGUGUUUCUGGGACACUUGCAGACAUGUCUGAAAUACCGAGAGCAGUUCAAGCGACUUUACCAGCAAUACAAGAAGAACACCAAGUCUGAGAAAGCUCCAGCUGAUGCUGACAUUGUUUUGACUCAGAGAGAGAAGGACCUGAAUGCUUUUAUGCAGCGGAAACAGGAGAUAGAUACACUGAUAAAGAUGUUGGCGAAGAUUACGGAAAGCAUCACAGUUCCUGAGGUGUCGACUCUUGAAGCGCAGCACAGCGCAGACCUCCAUGCUGUGAGUCUGAACAAACUGGUGCUUGUUCAGGCCAUUGAUGCAGAAAGAAAGCUCCAGAAGACUGGUCCUCCUGCAGUCCUGUGGAAUAGAAUCAGCAUGAAUGUCUUGAAAAUGUCCUCAGAGAUGCACAAACUGCAUCACAGCAACCUGAUCCUCUCCUCGUGGGUCAAACAAGCAGCAUCCGUAGCAGAAUCUAGAUUUCCCGCCUCGCCUCCGGUUCAACUGACUCUAACUCAGGUCUCUGAGAGCAUCUGGACACCUCUGCUGGAGGAAUUCUUCCACCUUGGAGUCAGCAUCGCUGAGGCAAACAUCAGGUUUUGGAAGCUCGACCAGAUGCUAGCGGACUCUGGUGAUCAGGGGGAUGGAAAGCUGCUGGUGAAGGAGCUGGAUCUCAUGUCAGAGGUCAUUUCCACAGCAGGAGGAGUCACAGCCGAGAAGGACUGGGUCCAGACGAGGCUGCAUCGGAUCCAGGAGUACAGACAGCUGCACGAUGCAGCGGCUGCAGCCAGAGCAGUCCUGAGAAUCGCCCAGAUGAUGGGGCUUUCCGGAAACUUCAGCGAAAUUAGCUCCCUCAGGCAACUGGAUGAAGACAGAUUUAAGCAGCAGGUCCUGAGCUCUCUCAGUGACGACAUGUUUCAUGCCAGGCAGCAGCUCUCUGCUGUCACCAGGGAAAACACUGCAUGUCUGGAAGAGUUUCUUAACAGCCAACCUCUGAUCAGUUGGGUCAGAGAGAACCUCAAAACAAUGAGCGAUGUCAAAGUUUAUGUUGAGCUAGCUUCAAUAUCUGCUGGAGAAAACGACACGGAGAUUGACCAGGUGGCCUGCUUUCAUGAUGCGGUGAUGGGAUACGGCCCCCUGCUCUACUCCCUCUCCCAUCAGACCAGCUUCCAGGAUUUCAUGAUUUGUGCUCAGCAGGUGUGGGACGCCCAGAGCAGAGACGAGAAGCUCCCUGACAAACUGAGAGAGUCGACCCGAUUGCUGAGUUGGCUGAAGGCUCUGAAGGAGACGCACGGCUCUGUGGAGCAGUCUUCGCUCUCGCUCGCUUCCUCCAUCAACACACAUGGAGUUUAUCACAUCGGAUGGUCUAGUGAAAAAACAGAGAAGAGAUGUCUUCAAAAUAUGGUUCUGGUGACAGUAAAAGCAGGAAAUGAGGUGAAAAGCUACAAGCUUGAAGAUCUGCUGGAGCUUCAGAACAAACUAAUGUUGAUGUCAUCUAAAGGGGAACAUGGCAGAGAACAGGUCAACAGAUUCACAGAGGUUUUCCAGGGAGUUCAGAGAGUUGGAUCGAUCCUUCUUCAAAUGCAGACAUCUGGCAACAUGCUCUUCAGGGAUUGGUUUGCUGAGGUCCACUGCUGCCCGCAGCAGCAGCCGAGCAUCAGCAUCACCUUCCUGUCCCUCAGCGGCGAGCAGACGCUGUACAGCGGAGAGGUGACAGAGCAGCUGCGGAAACUGGCUCAGUCGAUGGAUUCAUGCCACAAAGAAUGGUGUGCCUUCAUCGGCGAGAUGCGUUCCAGGUUCAGUGUGUUGAACCAUUUCACGUCAGAGCAGCUGGUGUACCUGUGCCACUGGAUACACAAGGUGUGUCAACGUCAGACGUCGGUUCCUCAGCAGCUGUGGCACCUGCUUUUUCCCAUAAAGCCUCAGUGCAUGGUGAAUGAUAUUAGGGUUGCUUACAAAAAUGCAGUGAGCAUGAGCUCACAGGAUGAUGAAGACUCUGAUGAUGAAGAGGAGUUUUAUGAAGCUAUCACAACAGCUGCAUCCAAGCAUGCAGAAGAAGACCCGAAAGAGGAUUAUGAUUUAAUGCAGUUUUCAACAGAUGAAGAAGAAGAUGAUGAUGUAACUGAGGGCAAGCUUGAUAAUCUCUGGAGGCGGUUCAAGGGAAACAUGUCCCAGUAUCUUGAGGAGUCUCUGGACAUAUUGACACUUGCUCAGCUCCUGGAGUGCUUGUCUGAAACAAAUCCGCUCCACAUGAUCAGGAAUCUCCCACCAGGACUCCAGGUGGGGAAGCCGAACCUUGUCCUCUGUCCGAGCGCUGAAGUUUUCACCACCACUCUGUCUUUUUACAUGGAGAGUCCAGAGCAACCUCUGCCGUCUUCUGACGAGGUCCUGGUCUGUAGGGAGCAAACCACCAGAGAAGAGGUGGAGAUCUUUCUGCGCAGAGCUCUCUGCCAAGUCUCUAGAGAAAAAUGUCAGAAGAUCUAUUCUCUGGUUAAUCCUGGUGUGCUGGGAUAUGAAGCCAGCGAAGCAUUGGUGGAGCUCUACGAAGGUCUCGAGAGAAGUGCCAGCCCGCAUUAUUGCUUGGUGAUAGUCAGUCCUGUUGUGCACCAGCACAGAUGUGUUCCUUCUUACUUCAGCAACUACAAAGUGCAGACUGGUGUGAAUCUGUCAGAGGAGAGGGCUAGAAAAUACCUUCAUCAUCACUUCACUCUAAGCACCUUGUCCCAAGACCCAGUCGCACUGGUUUCUCCAGAUCAGCUCUCUGUCUGGAUGGUGUCAUCUGUACGCCCGGCAGUUGGAAAGUCCCUUUAUGUGAAGCGUUUAUUUGAGAAGUUCCAGCAGAAAUCUCCAAGAGCAAAACAUGUGAGGAUCCAUCUGAUUGAGGCGAAUGUGGACGUUGACUCGUUGGUUCUCACUCUGACAGAGAGACUGUCCCAGCUCAGAGAGCAGGACCCUGUUCUCCUUCAUAUCGACUCAGCAGGCGUUCGCUCAGGUUUGGAGGAGCUUCUAUUCCGUCUGCUGGUUCUGGGCUGUUUGAGUGACAGCCAUGGCAUGUUGUGGAGAAAGAAUAAGGCUCAUCUGAUCACAGUGGAAGUUCUGAAAGCAAUCACACGCCAUCAAAAACAGGCAAAAGAGGUGAGGGUCGGACUUCUGGAAAUUCUGCCCACCAUUCAUUGCAAAGCUCCAAAAGAAGUUUUGCAACUAUUGGGCAGUCCAAGGCUCAUUGGACAAAACAGAUUUGAUCCACUUGUAGACGAACAGGAGUUUUUCAGUGAGGGAAUUCAAAGACCCUAUCAAUACUUAAGACGCUACUUCCAGAGUCAGCGUCUGGAUCGAUUUAACUAUCAAAAAGGAUCCAAAGUUGGGGAUACCAGAGACUGCCUUCGUCUCUUGCUGCUUCACUGUGGCAUGGAAAAUCCAUCUUGGGGUGAACUGAAGAACUUCUCCUGGUUCCUCAAUGUGCAGCUGGAAGACUGUGAAGUCUCUGUUUUCUGUGAUCCAGACUUUCUUGCAGACCAUCUGCCAGGCUUUAAGGACUUCAUUGUAAAGUUUAUGAUUCACAUGGCAAGAGAUUUUGCCUCGCCGUCUCUGAACACAUCUGAUGAAAGUCCCACUCUUCACAUCGAAAGCAAUCUAGAAGAUGACCUUCUUACUCGUCUGUCAAUUCGAAAACGAUGGGAGAAUGAAUCACAUCCGUACAUUUUCUUCAACGCUGACCAUUCUUCAAUGUCUUUCCUUGGCUUUAAUGUGCAGCUCUGUCCAAGGCGAAAUACACUCAGAGCAGUUGAUCCUCACAGCAAUAAGGUUCUCAUAGAGAGCGUAAUGUCACAGGAACUUUUCGAUGGCUUGCAACGACAAAGGAUUUCGCUUACUGAGGACUUUGAUCAGCUGCCCCGACCAGACAAAAUCAAAAGGAUUUCUUGUGUUGUUGGUGCAACCAGAGGAAUUAUGGACAGAAACUUUGAUCCAGACCCAACCUAUGAGCUCACUGCAGACAAUGUGAUGAAGAUGUUGGCCAUACACAUGAGGUUCCGAUGUGGGAUUCCAGUUGUGAUCAUGGGUGAGACUGGCUGUGGAAAAACCAGACUGGUCCGUUUCCUCUGUACUUUGCAAAGAGAGGAAAGACCAGUAGAGAACAUGGUUCUUGUUAAAGUACAUGGUGGAACCACAGCAGAAAUGAUCUAUAGAAAGGUGCAGGAGGCUGAGGUUCUUGCCCGCAAAAAUCAGCGGCAGCACAACCUUGAUACCAUUUUGUUCUUUGACGAAGCCAACACAACAGAGGCCAUUUUUGCCAUCAAGGAAAUCCUGUGUGACCAAACAAUGAAAGGAGAACCUCUGAGGCCAGAAAGUGGCCUAAAAAUAAUAGCUGCCUGCAAUCCGUACAGGAAACACUCACCUGAAAUGGUGGAACGUUUGGAACGUGCAGGACUGGGGUACCGAGUGAAGGCAAAUGAAACUGAAGACCGACUUGGCAAAGUUCCUUUGAGGCAGCUGGUGUACAGAGUUCACCCUCUGCCACCAAGUAUGGUGUCUUUGGUGUGGGAUUUCGGCCAGUUGAGUGAUUUAACUGAGCUUUCCUACAUCAAUCAGAUUGUCCAGAAGAAAGUUUCCGAUCACCGUUUGCCAGCAUCGUGCAAUAACAUCAUUUCAAAUGUGCUGGCUGCCUCCCAGAAAUACAUGAGAAGUCGUAAAAAUGAAUGUAGUUUUGUAAGUCUGAGAGAUGUAGAGAGGUCCAUGAAAGUGUUAGUUUGGUUUUACCAACACAGUCCAGACAUUUUCACUGACAUAGCUAAUCUCAGUGAUGAUGAAAGAACCCUGAAGUGCUUGAUCUUAGCUGUUGGAGUAUGCUACUAUCCAUCUCUUGUAGCCAAAGAGGACUACCUGGAAGAAAUUUGCAGGUACUUUCCAAGACCUGUGAACUGUGCUCGAGCGUUGCAAGUGGAGAUUUCAUCCUGUCAAGACCUCUUCCUUCAGAAUGUUCAGACAAGGGAGACCAUUGCCAAAAACAUUGCACUCAAAGAAAAUGUGUUUCUCAUGGUGGUCUGCAUAGAACUGAGGAUCCCACUGUUUUUGGUCGGCAAACCAGGCAGCUCCAAGUCUCUUGCUAAAACUGUUGUCGCUGACGCCAUGCAGGGCCAAAACUCCCACUGUAAACUAUUUAAGAAACUGAAACAAGUCCACAUGGUCUCUUUUCAAUGCAGCCCUCACUCAAGUCCAGAAGGCAUCAUAGGAACAUUCAGGAACUGUGCUCGUUUCCAAAAGGACAAAAAUAUGGAAGAGUACGUCUCAGUAGUGGUGUUAGAUGAGAUAGGACUAGCAGAAGAUUCUCCACAGAUGCCACUAAAGACUCUUCAUCCUCUACUGGAGGAUGGAUGCAUUGACAAUGACAAGCCAGAUCCACACAUGAAAGUUGGGUUUGUUGGCAUCUCCAAUUGGGCUCUGGACCCAGCAAAGAUGAACCGAGGAAUAUUUGUGUCCAGGUGGGACCCAAGUGAGGAUGAACUUGUGCAGACAGCCAAAGGCAUUUGUUCAUCUUCCAAUCAGAUUCUCCUGAAAAUAAAACAUCUCUUCCCAUCACUGGCCAGCGCCUUCUUAAAAAUCUGCAAUGAGACUUCAAAGAAUCAGUUCUUUGGCCUGAGGGAUUACUACAGCCUAGUCAAAAUGCUGUUUUCCGGAGUGAAGGCCACACAACAAGAGCCAAAUGGUGAGCAACUUGUAGAGGUCAUCCUACGUAACUUCAGUGGACAGCCAGACAGCUUUGACCCAGUCAUAUUUUUCCAAGACGUUCUGCAAGAUCUGACUGAAAUUCCCAGACCAAGAACCUUGCAGAUGAUAUUAAGGAAUCUUGAUCAUGGGACCAAAGAGGAGAGCCGCUAUCUCUUGUUACUCACCACAAACAAUGCAGCUCUGCAUAUCCUUCAGCAACAGGUCUUUGCAAAAGGAGACUAUCCACCACCCGAAAUCAUCUUUGGUUCUGGAUUCCCAAAAGAUCAGGAAUACGCUCAAAUAUGCCGGAAUGUCAACCGAGUAAAAACCUGCAUGGAGACCGGAAGAACUGUUGUCCUCCUUAACAUGCAGAAUCUCUAUGAAAGCCUUUAUGAUGCCUUGAACCAGUACUACGUUUACCUCAGUAAGCAGCAGUACGUUGAUCUGGGUCUUGGCUCCCAUAGAGUCAAAUGUCGUGUUCAUACCAACUUCCGGUUGGUUGUGGUGGAAGACCAGAACAAGGUAUACGAGCACUUCCCUGUUCCCCUCAUCAACAGGCUGGAAAAACACAGAGUGGAUCGGAGCACCGAUCUGGAGGCAUGGCAGCACCGCGUUCUCAACAAACUGAGAGAGUGGGUAAAGGAAUUCUCUGGAGAGGCCAAUGAUGACUUCAAGCCCUCUGACAUUUUCAUUGGCUUCCACGGUGAUGCAUGUGCCAGUGCUUUAUUGCAAGCACUAGAAAAGAGACAACACACUGCUUCUGACAAGGGAAUAGAACAAGAGGAAGAGGACAAACCAAAAACACUUGAGCCAGAUGACAAGGACCAAGUGGCUGAGAUGGAGCACAAUGAGUUUGUUGAUGCAAUGGACAUUGAGCAAGAAACUGAGAUAAUGGGUAAGAAUGAUGAAUCCAGUGAAGUUACUGAUGAUAGAAACAUGUUGGAAAAUGAAGAGAUGAUGGAGACCGAAAAGGACGAGUCUCCCAGAGAAAAUGAGGAAGAGGUCUUCAGCUUGGCGAAAAGUUUGUUGUUAAACUGUGCCACCCCCGAUGCUGUUGUGAGGCUCAAAUACUCAGAUUUAUCUAAUCAGGACAAAGAGAAACUUCAGAGAUUGUACUUUCAGCAGCAACAUCACCACUCACUCCGAGAUUUUCUGGGAGCUUGUUUGAACUCACACCAGGGCUCCAGCAAGUUCUUGGAGAUCACAACAUUUUCCAGCUUGCUGACAAAAUUAGAUGUAAGGGAUGUAGCCCCUGCAUUAGGACUGAAUACAGACAGGAUCCUCUUGCUCUCGCUCCACCAGUUUGACACUGAAGUCUCUUUCUGCAAUAAAAUACGGUUGUUCCUCCAAAACGCUGGCAGCUCGCUUCACCUUCUGAUCAUCCAGAUGGACCUGGAGGAGUCCCAGUGCAGCGACGAGCUCAUCGCAUCAGCAAAGUACUGCACCAUGAAUUACAUGGCUUCAAUGGAUGUUCAGAUGUGUUGGGUGAUCUUCAUUGUGAAGGUCUCAAGGAUUUCGAGCCAGUCUCGGUACAUUGGUUUCCAAGGAGGAUUCUGGCAUUCAGUUCACAUCGAUGACCUGAGGGAUUCAGAGGACAUGAGUCUGAAUCUGUCGGAUUUCUGUGGAACGCUCAUCAGCACCUUGCUCAAACCUGCGCAGCAAGAAAAUCAGGAUGUCAGUGAAGGAAUGAGUUUAAUAAACGACUCAGAAGACAACAGAAAAGUGGCGAGAGCACACCUUCACAGCCCGUCCUUAGUCCGUUCUUGUAUCCAAAAAGCUGUGGGUUUACUGAGAGACCCCGACAAUCUGACAUCAAGAGGCCUGCAGCGUAUGCACAUCCUGCUGACACACCUGUCGACCGAUCAAACAACAGCUCGCUUCCAGAGGGUCCUGCUGAGUCGGCUGGCUGAGACUCUGGCUCAGAGAGAAGAAGUGAUGGCCGCUCCUAAAGAGUGGGUCAGCAGAGAGGCAAAGAAACGCCAGGCUCUGCAGGAAGGAGGAACUCUGAGGCACACCCUGUGGCGCUGCCUCCAGUCCACCGUGACACCGGUGCUAGCCAGCAUCUUGGAGGUAAUAGAUCGGUACUCCAAUCUGGACCUGCUCUCUGCUGACAGACUCAGUCCGGGUCUCAUGAAGCUCUGGAUGAACAUCUUGGAAGACUCGCAGGUUUUACACCUGGCACCUCCAUCAAAUCCAAGUGAUUCAGACCAGGAGGUUCUGGUGCAGCACUACUUCCUGUUGGACAGUGAGCAGCAGUCGUGCUCGGCUCCGUUCAGCUGGAUCAUUAAAAUGAACCUGGACAGCCUGUGGGAGGAGUCCGAGUUCAUGCCAGUAUCUAAAGAAGGAAGCACAGAGAGGAUUCUCCAGUUUGUGAGCAGCUUCUCCAGCAGCGGACCGGGCCGUCACCUCCAGCAGCUUUCUGAGGAGGAGCGAUGGGAAUAUGGUCUUCUGUUCCUGCAGGACUUCCUGCUGCUCUCUCUGAAGAUAAAGUCCAAAGAUGAACUCAAGGUGUUUAUCAGAGCCAUGCCGGGCUGUUUGACGGAGCUUCAGACGUCCAUUGGAACUGCUCCUGAUCUCUCUCCUGCUUGGAUCAUGGCAGCCGCAAAGUAUUUUGCAGUGAGAUUGGACAUGCUCAGCCACAUGUUCCUCCUGCAGCCACAGCUAGCUGCAGAUGUUCUUCAGCGGGGAUCGAUAAAGAGCGAGCAGAAAGAAAUGGUGGAGGAUAUUCUGGCCCUCGGGAUCUGUGUUGAACAGGUCAAACUUUUGACUCUGACGUCCCUCGAUGAAUGCAGGUCAUUUGUGGACAGGGUGGAGUUACUUCAGCCGUGUCUGGACAGAGCCUUCAGCCAGAAAUACAGUGCUCUCUGUAGUGCUGCCUGUUUUCAGCAUCUGGCCUCCAUCAGGUCAUUGUGGCAUGGGAUGCUUGUUGUUGCAUCUUUUAUACAGCAGAUCACUUUUAAAGUGAAACAAGAUGACUUGAAGCUUAAAGAACUGUCUCUGAAACACUGCAACCUUCAUCUGAACCUGAUGCAGGCGUCUCCUGAUGUUAGAAGUGUAAACACGCUGGAGCAGCUGAUCCGGAUACUCAAUUCCUUCCACGAUGAGUGCAUCAGCAGGGACCUCAGGUUUGGAAUCUCCUGCCCAGUUUGCUUGCUGGAGUUCACUGAGCCGUCCGUCCUGCCCUGCCGCCACGUCAUCUGUCUACCAUGUCUUCAGAAAUGUUUUCAGCAGAACCGACUUUCCUGCCCGAAAUGCAGGGCAGAAUUGCCAAACAACUUCACGGCAACUGUUUCCCACAGUGUCAAGGUGGCACUCGAACAGCAGGCAGCCAUCAGACGCUGUUGUAACUCCUUCUUCCUGGAGGUCGUGUCCAGGUUCUGUUUGUCAGAGGGGCAGAAGCCCGAAGAGGGCGUGGUGGAGCUGCUGUUCUCUUUGCUCGUCUCUGCUAACGGAGACGUUUACUGCACCAGAGAGCUCACGCCCUUCCUGGAGUGUGUGGAUAACAGUCCAAUGGUCCGAUCUGUGCUGCCAAAGCUUCUGCUGCAGUACAGUUUUGACCAGGUGAAGACUCACAUCCAAAACUACCUGAGGAAUCUGGAGAACAACCUUUGGCACCAGGAGGACCGCACAGAACUCUACCUGCUGUUUGCCAACUGCUUCCAGGAUUCCUUGCUGUGCUCAGCAGCCAGAGAAGUGGAUCCUGCUGCAGAGCAUCAAGCAGAAGUCAAAUUUCUGAGCAGGAUUGUGAGGAAACAAACUCCGGACAGACAAGAGGACCCAGCAGAGUUCCUCCUUAACAUGGCCAGGCUGAAAAUUUGCCUGAGCACUGCUGCCAAGCUGCUGGAGAAAGCUACAGCUCAAGAUGAACAGGCGGUGGCUACAGAAUACCUGCGUCAGGUGAGAGGGUUAUUUGAGUACGGCAGCAAUGACUGGCUCAGAGUUUACCUGCUGCGAGCCCUGCACAGAUGCUCAGGGAUGGACUUCAUCGUUUCACUGAUGAACAGCCCGGCCUACAGGUGGAUCUUCCCUGCACUUCUACUGCAGCUCCAGAAAAUGAUUCCAACAAACGUAGACUACUUCCUUUGCUGUGGGACGUCUUACAGAGAUCUGAGAAAUGCUGUGGGUCAGGUUCUCCUGGAGAACCGGUCCGACAGCUUUGUGACUGAGCUGCAGAAGCUGAGAGGAUCUCAGGUCAGUCUGGUGGCUCUGGCUCUGUUUAGACUGGUCACCAGUAGGUACAGAUCACCUAAUGCCAGCGUACACCCUUCUGCACAGGAGAUAGAAAGACUGAAAGCUGUCCUCAGAAACAUCAACCGGAAUGAGCUGAGGGAGUUCUGCUCGGCUCUUCUGAUGAAUCGUAUCGGCCAAACAGAGUCCAAUCUUCACAUCAGCUCAAAUCUGUCGGGUCUGAGACAAACUCUCCUGGAGCUGCUGGUCCAUCUGGACUCUGUGCUCCUCUGUGGAAAUCGUCUUCUGGCUCCACUUCAUCUGAUCGCCUUUCAGCCUGAGAACAUCCCAGACCUGUACCUUCCCACUAUGCCAGAUGAUCACACUAAUGAAGCUAGACAGUGGUUAAGAGAGAAGAAACUCCAGAUGUACAAAUGUGCAAAUGGACAUGUUUGCUUUGUGGGAGAGUGUGGAAAGCCAAUGGUGAGGUCAUUCUGUCUUGACUGUGGACUUCCCAUUGGUGGAGUAGGACACGUCCCAGUGGAAGGUUUUACUCAGCACAACCAGCAGAGGGAUCAGACCCGGACAGGACAUGUCCUUGGUGAGGCUCAUCGGAGGUCCGAAGCCCCUGAAAGACAGAUGACUUCGGCUCAGUCCAGCAUCCUGCGGCUGCUGAUGCACCUCGCUAUGCUUCAAGGAGCCAUGAAGAACCACAGAAGAGUCAGUGACAUGAUCCAUCCCCGUCCGCUGGAUGUUUUCCAAUUUCUGUGGGACCACCUGCAAAGGGACAUGGAAGUGUUGGGAAAAACUCUGGACCAGAACAGGGACAACACAGCAGUUAUGGUUCAUCUCAUCCUUACAAGAUUCCCUGAAGCUUCCAGGGGAGCGAGACCAGAUCUGUCCUCCAGACAGGAACGGCAGCGUUGGGAGAAACUCGUCUGUGAUUCUGCCAUCAACCCGGUGCUUCAGGAUCUGCAGAGGAAUCUUGGGGAAGCUCAGGAGAGAGUCGCCUCAGAUGACGGACUCUCUGGAAGCCCCCUGAUAACUCUGCUGUUUGCCGAUCCUGGGACGAUGCUGUCCUUGCCCUCUGACUGCCCGACGGAUCGUUCGUCCUUCUGGACUCUACGUGAAACGAUGACGGUGGAGCGCUUCUCUCAGCUGGUGGGGGAGAUGUCAGGACGCGACUCUUUGCCGCUGCUCUGCCUGUUUAUGAAGAAGGUACACUGUGUGCGGCAGCUCCCUCACCUGCCUGAACUGGCUGCUCUUCAGUCGGACCUUCUGAGGGUGUUUCCUCUGACGUCCGCAAGCUCGGCUUCUCAGACCGUCGCGCAGGCGCUGCAGCAAAUCCCUGCAGGGUUCCAGAAGGUGCUGGCUGAGAGGGUGGACAAAUUCAUCAGCGUGUGGAAUCUGCUCAGAGCUGAGGUGGCAAAUAACUCUGCAGAUUUGGGGGCGGACGUAAAUCUUUGUGAGAAGGAGCUGACGGUUGAGAGCUCCAGUGAGUAUCUGCGGCCAUGCCGACGUGGCCCUGGUUCAUGUCUCCAAACUCUGGUCGACUUCCUGUUGGAGACUCACAACAGCCUGGUGAGGGAGGCCAAGAAAAUGAGCGGCCAGGAGGACAGUGAUUACAGAGUUCCACUAGAGAAGAUUUCUGAGACCCAGCUGACUCUGUGCCACCCUGAGCGAGAGCUGCUUCCGCUCGUUUUAGCAAACUGCAGCUACACUCUGCAGAAAGGCGGGCAGACGGACAGUAGCUACGACCUGCGGGUCAUCCAAACCCAACUGGCUCGCCGCUUCCUGGCUGGAAAACCGCUCAUCCAGGCAGACACUUCCAGGUACCUUAACAGAAGUUUGCAGGAUUUCUCUGUGGUUCUGGCUGAAGUUAGAGGGAAGAUUCACCAGGAAGUCCUGAAGGGCUCGGUGAGCAGCACCACAACUGCUGUCCUGCGCUCGUACGCUGAUGUUUGUGAUGCCGUGUUCGUGGUUGAGAUCGGCCUUCGCUUCCUGGGAAAAGCAGGUGGAGAUCCAGAGGGUCAGCUGCUGUCUUACCUCACAGAUUCCCUGAAGAUGGGUCCGCAGAUCUCCAACACUGUUGCCAAGGGUCUCGGGGAAAGCAAACUGAAGCACAGCAUCUUCACCUGGCAGCUUCUCAAUUCUUGGAAAUCAGAGCUCAUGCUUAGCAGGCAGCAAGAUCCGUUUCAAAAGCUGCCGUCAGAGUUCCAGCAGAGGCUGUCGGAGGAUGAGAGGAAAAGGAUGAAGGCUUUCUUCACCGUCACAGAUGUUGAAAGUUUUGCUUUGGAGCUGCAUGAAAUCCUGCUGCUGAAGACGAGGAGUGCUGUGCCUGAAGAGCGUUACCAGCCUCAGUGGGACAUCAGGUGCACCUUAGAGAGCCAUUUGGAGCAGAAAAACCUUCCACCUCUGCAGGGGCUGGAGGAUUUACCAGAGGACAUCCUGCUGGGGAAAGGAGCUGAUGUAUGGAGAGCUGCUGUGGAGUUUAAAAGGAGAUAGAAAACCUGGAACAGAUGCAUUUUAUUUAAAUAAGUGGACCUGAUUAUGAUUACAUUAUCCUUUCCGUUGUGUAUAUAUUGCAGCAUCGUUUAAUUUUUUUUUUUAAAUCUCUUAAUUAUGUCCU